AUGGAGAGGAUUCCAUAUGCAUCAGCAAUUGGAUCCAUCAUGUAUGCCAUGUUGUGUACGAGACCAUAUGUCUCUUAUGCUUUGAGCAUAACGAGCCGAUACCAGGCUGAUCCUGGAGAGGAUCACUGGAAGGCCGUGAAGACAAUCCUGAAGUACUUAAGAAGAACUAAGGAUUUGUUUUUGGUUUAUGGUGGAAGUGAUGAGCUAAAAGUGAAGGGGUUCACUGAUGCCAGUUUUCAGAGUGACAGAGAUGACUGUAAAUCCCAGUCAGGAUUUGUCUACACCUUAAAUGGUGGAGCAAUCUGUUGGAAGAGUUCCAAACAGGAGACCACGACCGACUCUACUACCGAAGCAGAAUACAUUGCAGCUUCAGAAGCUGCUAAGGAGGCAGUCUGGAUCAAGAAGUUCAUCACAGAACUUGGAGUGGUUCCUAGCAUAGUUGAUCCAAUACUCAUGUAUUGUGACAACACUGGCGCGAUAGCCCAGGGCAAGGAACCCCGAAUUGAAACAAUACUGUGGGAGCUACAAAAUGGAGAAGAUCAUGGUGAUGAAUUUCGAAAUUUUGAAGAUGGUUCUUCUAGAAUCUAA